AUGGUGGCAUCACGCUGUCGUCGAUGUUGUGUUGCGCUGGCAGUUAUGACCGCAAUAUCCGCGCUUGUCAGUGAGGCCCUGUCUUCGUCGUGUGGCUUCGUGUCUCCUGGUGGCUCUGGACCCCGUGGUGGGGACCGGCAAAGCACAGCCGAGAAAGAGCGAAGCGACGAAGGACGCCUGGAAACAAUUUCUUGGCUACAGAGAAACUGGGAAGGUUUCAAUGCGACCUAUAGCAAACUUUGGACCGGUGAGCAGCUGACCGCGGAUGACGUUCAGCGAGACCUGGAUGUCACUUUCGCAAUGUCAUUGGCAAUAGGCAGGCCUUGUUGA